AUGGAUCGCUCCAACUCAGACAUCCCUGAGCCUCCUCGCAGGUAUUCCCAACCAGACCGACAGGACUCCUCCGUAACACCAGGCGUCGAUAACCUCGGUCCUAACUCCAUAGGCGGCGGAAUCAGCGGUAUAGCACUCGGAAUCGCAAAUACGCACGAUCGCCAGAGCGGUAUCGACGCGGUCCGCGGUGUGGGUAUGGAUUACCAGCACGAUGGAUACACCGGUCCUGCAGAACGAGGCUUUCACACUACCGGCUCGGAUAAUCCCUAUGUACCUGUAUCGCCUACCUCCGGAGCGGGGUAUGGAAGUGCUGAAUCGUUUCGCACGGAAUUGCAGCAGUAUCCGUUUGGGUCGGGGUUGGGACUUGGCAAUGCCGGUGCACCGCCAGCUAUGCAGACGCCGCAACAGUCCAGUGUGCAUUUGAGUGAGGCGCGGCGCAGCUUUUAUGAAGGGUCUAUUAAAGGAACGAGUGCGAGUGUACCAGCGCCUUAUGGGGGGCCUGGGGGGAUUGUUGGUGAUGGACCUUAUCAGAGGUCAUCGCAGUACAGCGCUGGGGCGAUGAGUCUGCCAGUUGACAUUAAUCCCGAUGAAAUUGCCGAUGAUGGGGAUGAUGAGUUUGUAUCUGGGCCUAGGGCUAUGGCAACCGGAGCCGGUGGUGCUGGGGCUAGCGCUGGAGGACAUGGCGGCUUCUUUGGGGGGUUCUUUGGGAUGGAGAAGGGUGCAGGUGUUUCUUAUGAUGCUGUACCUGGGGGUGGAUUGGAGGCUGGACGGAGUGGGAAAAAGACGCUUGGUAUGGAAGGACGGAAAAAGCGGGGGUUGAUUGUUGGUGCGGUGCUUGGUUUGAUUAUUCUCGCCGCUAUUAUAGGUGGUGCUGUUGGUGGCACGCUUGGAAGUCGACAUGCCGAGAAGUCUUCGAGCGGGGAGUCAGCAUCCGACGAUGAGAAAGACAAUGGAGAUCUGACCAAGGACUCAGCUGAGAUCAAGGCGCUUUUGAAAAACAAGAAUCUGCACAAGGUUUUCCCUGGCAUGGACUACACGCCUUGGGGUGUACAAUAUCCACUUUGUCUGAAAUAUCCGCCUUCUCAGAACAACGUCACCCGCGACCUCGCGGUGCUGUCUCAGUUGACCAACAACGUCCGCUUGUACGGCACGGACUGCAAUCAGACGGAGAUGACUCUGGCGGCAAUUGACAAACUUGGGUUGACUGACAUGAAAGUUUGGCUUGGAGUGUGGAUCGACUCAAAUACCACGACAACUAAGCGCCAGCUCAAUCAGUUGUAUGACAUCUUGGAUGACACCAAGGAUACCUCUAUAUUCAACGGCGUGAUUGUUGGCAAUGAGGCGCUGUACCGCGCCGGUACAGAUAAGACAUCGGCUGAAAAGAACCUCAUCAGCUAUAUCACUGAUGUGCGAGACGAGGUUAAGAAACGCAGCACCGAUAUGCUAAUCGCCACUUCCGACCUUGGUGACAACUGGAAUGCCCAGCUGGUGAGCGCCGUUGAUGUUGUCAUGUCCAAUGUGCAUCCUUUCUUCGCGGGUGUCAAUGUCGACGUUGCCGCUGCUUGGACCUGGAGUUUCUGGCAGACUCACGAUGUAUCACUCACCAAGGGCACAAAGAAGAAACAAAUUAUCUCGGAAGUAGGCUGGCCCAGUGAUGGAGGCAAAGAUUGCGGAGAAAGCCCGACCUGCAAUUCCGACACCCCGGGAUCUGUCGCGAGCAUUGAUAACAUGAACACAUUCAUGUCUGACUGGGUCUGCCAGGCUUUGGACAACGGCACCAACUACUUUUGGUUUGAGGCCUUUGACGAGCCGUGGAAGAUCCAGUUUAACACCCCUGGUAAAGAGUGGGAAGACAAAUGGGGUCUCAUGGACUCGGCGCGCAAGAUCAAACCUGGUCUUAAGAUCCCCGAUUGCGGAGGCAAGACCGCUUCUUAA